GCCACUACCACCUUUCUACCGCACCCUGGUCCUGAAAUCAGAUUUAGUUUAUGGCCAACAUGGUUGAUCUCGUCGUCCGAAGUGUUCAUCCAUACUAAUGUACCUAUUCCCUCAUCCACCUCGACCUUGAAUUUACACCUCAUUGUCUACUCUUCCCAUCUCUUAUCUCCCUCGUUUGUCCUCGUCGUUCAUUAUUCACCUCUUUUUUCUCUCAUUUCUCCUUGUCGUUCAUUACUCGCCUCCCGUUUCUCCUCGUCUUCUCAUUAUCCAUCUCCUCUCAUCAAGACCUAGGUCGAAACAGCCCUACAUUUCUGCUCUCAGCCCACCUGCCAUUUCCCCACUUCCUUUGUUCUCCAUCAGAUCGGCGAUGAGAUGGAUCCCAGACAAGCCCUCUUCCAGAGACAAAUCAGAUUGGAUCUCGAACGCCGUCGGCUUCAGCUAGAUGAAGAGUCAUUUCAGAUCCAACAAGAACUCGAGGCUUUGGAACAACAGCAAGGUUCUGGUUAUCCAGACUCAGAAGACUCUGGUACGAAGCCCUUCUCCUACACCGCACCCUUCUUGAUAGACCAGCCCCAGCUGACACCGAGGUCGCAAGGUCUCGUCAUAGAUCUAACAGAUGAUGGUGACGAGAAAACCGAGGUCAAAUAUGAGCCUACCAAUUAUGAGGAGACAAAAAAGCGCGAGAUCUUGUCAGAACCGAAUCAAGAUCAGCUACAUGCCAUCGGCAGCCAUGGCCACACUGAGUGGACGAACCAUCAGUUGAUCUCUCGAAGCAUCGUGGCCGACCUUCCAACAGCAGCAUUACCAUACAGCCCUUUUCCUAGCUCGAACCAGACCUUGCAUCCAAAUGUCGAUAGCGAUACAGCGACCAAUGUCAUCAAAAAGCCAAGCAAGGUCGUUAUCCUAAAGCUACCAAAGACAGGGCCCGUUCUUCGCAUAGGCGGAAAGACGUAUAGACGGCUCUCGCGGUUAAACCCGAUGAUCAGCCACCUCCCGUCGCCCUCUUCGACACCACCGGAUGACUCUGGCAGACGAAUCCCACUUGCACCAUCAUCCAUGUUCAAUCCACGCAGCAGCAGUGAUCCAACACAUGUGUCGAAAGAUCGCCUUGCGAGCAUUCCAAAGAAACGCCAUUCAUCCCGGCCUAUCAACACCUCCACACCUGUAGACCAGAUCUAAACCUUGGCCGAGAUCCAUCACUACUCGACAGUUUUGGGCCUCGACUUCCCUC